CACACUUAUUUUUCCAGUUUCUUGCUAUAAAGUUCCAAACAAUGUCAUUUAACAACAAAGAUUUAUUAUUGUUAUUUGACCGCCCUAAAGAACCAGUUUUUGUGCCAAAAGGAAAUCAACAAGCUGUUUUCGAGGUCCCCGCCAAUUUUCUUAGUGACAAAUAUCGUCCUAUUGGAGUUCAAGUGGUAGAUCGCUUUGGAGACGAUGCAAAGGAACGCAUUAGAGUUAACGAAACAGCAAUACCUCCCCUUGGGGAUAUUUUAGAACUGGGAAGGGAAGAUAAUUUUUCGCUUUUUAUUGCCAAGCAUCGUAGGUUAGCUGGAAAGCUAAUUGAUAUAUUUUUAGGAGUAAGUUCCGCCCAAGAUCUGCUUUCAGUAGCCGUAUACGCAAGAGACCGAGUAAACCCCUACCUUUUUAACUACGCUCUUUCUGUUGCCCUACUUCACCGAGACGAUACCCAAGAUGUCGACCUUCCAUCAGUCAUCCGGUUCUUUCCAGAUAAGUUUAUUGACAGUAAAGCAUUUGCUAAAAUUAGGGAAGACUCUGUGGUAGUCCCCCAAGAAUCCAGACUACCCAUAGAAAUACCUAAAGAUUAUACUGCAUCAGACUUGGAAGAAGAGCAUCGAUUGGCUUAUUUUAGGGAGGAUAUUGGGAUAAAUCUCCACCAUUGGCACUGGCAUUUGGUUUAUCCGACCGAAGGGUCCCAACAGGUGGUAAAUAAAGAUAGAAGAGGUGAAUUGUUUUAUUACAUGCACCAACAAAUAUUGGCGAGGUAUAACUUUGAAAGAUUGUGUAAUAAGUUGGCUAGGGUACAUCGUUUGUUGGAUUGGAAGCAGCCUAUUAAAGAAGCGUAUUUUCCAAAAUUAGAUAGUUUAGUGGCUAGUAGGCCUUGGCCUUCCCGGGUAAUCAACCAAAGACUGUCCAACGUAAAAAGGGUAGUUGAUGAUAUCAACUUAGAUGUUGAUGAUAUGAAAAGAUGGUCUGAUCGGAUUCUGGAAGCAGUUCAUUCUGGAUUUAUCACUGACUCUAGAGGCAACCAAGUUACAUUAGACGAGAUGACAGGUAUAGACAUUCUUGGAAAUAUGGUUGAGGCCACCAUGCUAUCACCAAACCCGGCAUUUUAUGGCGAUCUUCACAAUACCGGACACACCUUGCUUUCAUAUAUCCACGAUCCGGAUCACCGCCAUCUUGAAUCAUUUGGUGUUAUGGGAGAUACAGCCACCGCCAUGCGUGAUCCAAUCUUCUAUAGAUGGCACAGCUAUAUUGACGAUAUAUUCCAGCGGUUCAAAAAUACACUACCAAGAUAUACUGAAGCCCAGCUAAAUAAUCCAGGAGUAACCAUAACUGAUAUUAAAGUACAGAUACCUGGGCAAAGGGAAAAUGAGCUGCAGACAUUCUGGCAACAGUCUGAUGUUGAUCUUUCUCGCGGCAUGGACUUUCAACCUAGAGGACCUGUUUUUAUUCGUUUCACGCAUUUACAGAAUAUAAACUUCACUUAUACUAUCAAAGUUAACAGCAACUCUUCCCGCCAAGGUACCUGCCGCAUAUUUUUAGCUCCAAAGUUUGACGAACAAGGUAAUCCGUGGUUGCUUAGAGACCAAAAAGCUAUGUUUAUUGAACUUGAUAAGUUUAAAGUCAACUUGAAACAAGGAGAAAAUUCUAUUGUCCGACAAUCAACUGACUCAUCGGUCACCAUACCAUUUGAGCGUACUUACCGAGAUUUAGAUACAAGCAGCCCAGUUAAUCAGCAAGCCGUAUCUCAGUUCAAUUUUUGUGGAUGCGGUUGGCCUCAGAACAUGUUAAUUCCGAAGGGAACAGCAGAAGGGUUCGUUUGCCAGCUCUUUAUAAUGAUAUCCAAUAUUAAUGACGAUGCUAUUAAUCAAGACAUUACCGGACAAUGUAACGAUGCUGACUCGUACUGUGGCAUAAAAGACAAAAAAUUCCCUGACCGUCGUUCUAUGGGAUAUCCUUUUGAUCGUAUGCCCAGAGAUGGAGUGGAUACUCUUCAGAAGUUCCUCACUCCAAACAUGCGGGUGCAGGAUAUAACAAUUCGUCAUCAAAAUAAGACUUUUAGACCACGAAUUUAACAGAUGGCAAGGCUUCUUCUUUAUUUUUAGUUUUGUUAUAUUAUGAAAAAUAAAUUAUUGCAGUUUU